AUGGCUGACAGAUCGCUCAAAGAUCUAAACUACGGCCAUCCUGGCGUCGCGAGUUAUGAUUUGGAAAACAGACAAUGGGCUUUUGCUAGACAAUACAAGAGACGAAUUUUCAAGCAAAUCCGGGCCCUGAAGACCACGCCUUGUACGGGCAACCAUGCGACACCUACUUCGACACAACUUGUCUUUCCGCAAACUCCAGCGAAUAGGACGAGCAUACAGAAUGAAAUCAGUAACAUUGUUCAAGACAACCCUCUACUCGCCCCAGUUGUCGAACUGCUCCCGGAGCUAGCCUUGGUAUCUGCUGCCAUCUCUUCUACGGCUUCGACCUAUGAUCCGCUCGUCGGUGACCUUUUGUCUUUCGGUUCGAUUACGCCCAAGGGUAGACACGAGGCGUGGCGGAUAGCUGCAUUGCCGACAGGAGAGACUGGAAGCAUACUACAGUUGUCUAUUUUGGACAGCGAAAGGCAUGGUUGGACAACCGACCCGAAGCCGUGGGUACAGGGACAGACCUUGAAAGCCGCAGAGAGUGCAUUUUGGAAUGAGGAAGCGGCACCGAUACAGCAAAUUCGUUUUGCGUAUUCAGAAGACAGAAGACCUUUGCUUGCCGUGCGACUCCCCACUCGUACUGUUCUGUUCCAUCCAGACUACCUCCACCAACCUCGCGCUGCCGUAACUUCCCCAUUUUACCGUCUGCCCAGUUCGACGAUUCAACCAAACCCCAUACUCAGCAUACACCAGAACGAUACGGGCGGCUUUCCUCAUGUCGACGUUGCCUUCAAUCCCGACUUCCAGUUACAGUUUGCGCUCGUCGAUGAAAGCCAGACGUGGAGUGUAUGGGAUAUCGAGCAUCGGCUCAGGCUUGGUACAUACUCAGCUUCAUGCGUGCUUCGCGGAAGAAUUAACGAAUCGGAAGACGGGGAUACAACUGGCCAAGACGGCUGGGCGAAAGUCCUAUGGGUGGCCGACAUCGCGACAUUGCUUGUUUGCAACAGGCGCCACUUGAGCAUUGUCAGUAUCAAGGGCGGAUCAACGUCGUACCUACCCUGCCCAGAGAUCUUCAGCGAGCGAUCCGCAGACUGGAUUCUGGACGCCAAGCGGCAUCCAAAGGACCGUAGUCGAGUAUUCAUCUUGACCUCUACUCGACUUACCCUUAUUGCAAUCACUGCACCAAGCGAGCUCUUGUCAUGUGCUCACGAAGCAGGCGCUAAGAUCCUUCUCUCAUGGCGGCAUUAUAGAGGCGCUGAAGAUUUCACACUCGGGAUGAGCGUGCAAAUGCUGACAGAUGAUGAGACGUGUCUGAUGAUCCAUUCCCGUGUCAACAACCUCAUCCAAGUACACAGCUUCACUGAGCGUUCUUCUGGGCUUGUUACCGGCUCUGAUCCGACUCUGCUUGAUCUAUCCAUUCCGGACUCGGGGCAGAUAACCAACAUGGUUAUCGAGACGAUGGAACAAGGAGAUUUGAGGUCAGAGGUCGGCUUUCUCCAGUUGUUUGUGAUGCAGACCGAUUUGAGCGUCCACGAGUUCGUUGUAUAUACACGGGCCUCUACAGCGGACGAUUCGAUCGAGGACGACCAAGCCGUUGCAAACUUUACACGAGGCACGAUAAGACGCCCUAGGAAUCGGACAUUCAAGUCUCAUGCGGUCAACAAGGACGAUGAUUUCGUAAGCCCUGAUGGUCUGGCUACCACAGAAUUGCCACGCUCGAAGGUUGUAAGGCCACGGUCGCACUGGUACAACACUUCGAAUGAUCUUGCUACGUACGAAACACGAAACAAUAGUCUAUUGGGUGAGGUCAUAUCGCGGUCUAAAAGUUCGGCUGAGGAGUCUGGCGCAAUCGAUGCGGUGGCAGUCAUGGACCAGGUGAACGAGAUGCUGGCAACUGGUGCAGACUUGCCAUCUUUACCAUUGGGUACUUUGAUGGAGUUUAUGCGCACGCUUUUUGACGUUGCAGACAUCGACGAAGCUUCUUCCAACUUUCAAGAGCUGUUUUCUUCCGGAUAUGGGCACAACACAAUGGAUGUUCAACGUAUCGCACCUAUGCAUGUGCUUGGUUUAACCUUCGACGGCGACCCUACGAUUUCCGAUGUGUACGACACUAUACUCCAAACAUGGGUUGCACCUCUGCCACCAGAGGUGCCAAUUCGCGUUCGGCAACGCUUGGAACGUCUGGCUCGGCGGAUCGCCACGGAAUUGAUGUUCUCAAGCACUUGCAUACGUGAUGAUCGGAGGCAGGUGCCUACUGUUAGCACACAACAUGGACAAAGCGAGGAUAAUCGCGUCGCGUUGCCCAUCUUGCCAUCCAGGCCCAAAGAAGGUGCUUUUCUUCCCACCUCCAGAUAUCCGAUCUCUCAGCCACUACCGACACCACCAUACUCGUCUAUACCGCCUUCGUCUUUGCCUCCAUCCUCUGUGCUGGGAUCGUCCCCGCCAGAAGUGCCUCCCACGCCGCCUGCCCUACCGGACUCCCUCAGUCGCCUCAGCAAGUAUCUUCCGACCUCCAAAGACGCAGCGAUCAUUCACCCAAACGUGGCUCAAGGUCUUGCGCAUUGGCAAUUAGGAAGUGAUCCUCACAUGUACAACUGGGCCAGCCUGGAGCGUGCUCUUCAAUCCGAAGAUCUUGACGAGGAGAGUCAACAGCAACGCGAGAAAGAACGUAAGAAGAGGGAGCGUCGAGAAAAGCGUCAACAGCGUGAAAACGAGCUCAUGAGGGCUAGGGCUGAGCUCAUGAAGGCUAAAGUUGUUAGUCAACCUACCGCGUUCCCGAGGAGCUCUCCAGGGCCCAUGUUGGGUGGUAUGGGCAGCAGCAGUCAGGUACCAAGUCAAAGUCAAAGUCAGGUGCCAUCUCAUGGCAGUAGUUUCAUGAUGCCGCAAAGUCAAGCGGAGCGUGGCAAGUUCGGAGGUAAGCUAGACAAGAAGAAAAAGAAGAAGGGUAGGAUUAGUGGAUUCUGA